AUGGUGGAGCCCCAUCGCAAAUUUCGGCUAGACGCCGAGUCUGUCGCGUCUCUUAGGGCUGUCGUCGCAGCGAACUCUAAGAAGCAGCAACGGCUGGAAGAGCGUCUGGCGCGCUGCCAUGAGCAGGCGGCGCGCCGCUCAGUGCUGGAGCAGAGACUCGAGAGUCUCCACACACGAAUUGGGGAGCUGCGCGAGAUGGCCCGACCAGUGGCUUUACCACCGCUCUCAGAAGACGCGACGGCGUCAUCAAAUCCCAUCUUGCCAGUUCCCUUCUCCAUGUCUCUGGGGUGCACAGUCUUGUGCCCCACCUCGCCUGGUGCGUCGGGUGUGUUGCCGCAGGGCAACCCAUCUGUAGCCACCAGUUCGUCGGUUCCGGACGAUUUUGACGAGACCACUAUCCGUCUCGACUCUCUGCCAGUGCCCGCUACGUGGGGGCGGACGGCGUCGCUCUUCCGCUACUGUGGCCCUUCUGUGAAAGGCAUCGUGUCCGCCGUGAUUGAUGAAGGUGUGCUCUACCGCAUCCUCACGGACGGGGGCGACUGGGCCUUCUACAACGACACUCGGUACUACACGGUGCAGGUGCGAUACCGCAUUGCAGCUGGCUCGACGGUGACGCCAGGAAACUCUGUGACGGUAACCGGAGCAGGGGCGGAGCAGGAGCUGGCGAUGGAGCUGGGGCCUGAGGAGACCAAAGUGUUCCUAACAGGCCGCGUGAUGGGAUUUGACAGCCUCUGCAAAGCAGCGCUUCUGCCGAGGUGUGUAGCAACGGCUGAAGAGGAUGAGGCGCUGUGCACAGAGCCGCAGCAGCACUGGAGCGUUCUCUCCACCUCGUACGCAGAUGUCGCUGUACCCGUUCGCCAUAGCGUGUCGACGGCGCACCUCGUCGCCGACUGUGUGGCAAAGCAGAUUCGGUUUGUCGACCUGCAUUUUUUCCCAAGCCACGCUUCCCUCUACCGCAGCGGCCAGGACAGCUUCUACGUGCCCCCGCUGCACUGGCGCCUGCCUAUCAGCUACCUCCCCAACGAUGACAGCGUCCGUCGUGAGGUGCGUCUCUUUCGCGGCGCCGUCCUUCAUCCAGAGGGUCUGCGCACGGGGCGUCUGUUUCCCAAUCACCUCUUUCUCUCUGCGGCAGCAGGGCUUGCGUGUCGCUGGCCGCAGGCGCUGCGCCGUCUUUUCAUUCACCCGCAAGGGGCACGACAGGGUAAGCGUGACCGGGCGGUCGGUGCUCAUCACGUCGAGCUGUGCACAGGGGGCUGGUGGUGUCCCUGGAUCGUGGACGAGUUCUUUCCUGCGGCUGCACGGUGCCCCGAGUUCAGCCAUUCUGCUGACGACCUGCGUGUAUUGUGGCUGCUUCUGCUCGAGAAGGCCUGUGCAAAGGUGCUUGGCUCCUACGCGGCUAUCCUGAAUGCUCCCCUGGAAUACUUUGUCAGUGCGUUCACCGGAGGGCCAUGUAAGGUGUUGCACGAAAUCUGGCCAGGACGCGAGGACUUGCGGGACUCUACCGCCAAGGCAACGCGCUUCUUUGCGCUCAUGAAGCGACUGCUGCGGCAGCGCACGACGGAGGUGCCGAGCGUGGUGUGUUGGCUGCGACCCUAUUUAAGCAGCGCUGCCCGCACCCAGAAAAAGGGCGAUCCGCUGGAAGCGUUGUACGGGGAUGUCGGACUUGACCCCAACGCCGCCACCGUAGUGCUAGGGCUCGAGACGCUCCGUGACGGGCAGUGCGUCGUACGUCUGCGUCAGACAGCUGAGAAGAGAAGGCCCGCCGAGUCAUGGCUUGACCUUUGGCGCCGCGCCGGAAAGCUGUGGGUGAACGAGGUGAGCGAUCUCGUGUUCGCCAUGGGGGAGACGGCGGGGGACACGGUGUGGAUGGCGCUGGAGGACUUACCGCAGUACUUCCAAGGCGGUUGUGUAGCACCAUUGACGAGCGACUGGGGUGUGGCAAAGGUGCAGGGUCAGUUCACGCAGCGCCAGCCGUCUGUGGUGCUGCAGGUGACAGCGACAGCGCCGACGCGCCUCUUGGUGAGCGUUACACAGCGGCACCUCGAUGAGACCGGACUGUCGACGCUGACAUUGAAAGAUGAAGACACCUUAAUCGGUGCAGGUCAAACAUUAGCGGGCCUCAGCUGCCUGCUGUACUCCAAGGGCAGUGGCGACAGCGCUCACUUUCUGGGGAGCAACGGCGACUCCCCUGACGCGUUCGACCUCGCUCAAGAGCCGCAUUUUGUGUACGAGCGUGAGGUGGCUGCCGGGUACCUGCUGGACCCGUGUCAGGGCCCUUACUAUGCAGUGCCGUUGGUGAGCUCCAUCUCUUCCGAUGUGGCCUACACCAUAACGGCCCAACUGGUCGUGGCAGAAUCACGGUCCACCGCAGCGCCGCUGGCAACGCCCGAGAGCAGCACAGCGACGGUGCGCUUCAUGACGACGAAGCCAGGGACUACUCUCUUUCCGAGUCUUGUUCAGCCGAUCCUUCGUGAGUCCUCGAUGGAAGUGAGCGCGACAUCCCGGAACUACCAAAGCAGCCCACCAAAGCAGCUGCGCAUGUAUUACAGCACGGGAGUCUCUGUCACACUCGUGCUCGGCGGAAGCGAUGUACCACAGCAGCAACAGCCAGAUACAUCAACCCCUGGACCCAUGUACACCUGUGAGAGGACAAGCACAGCUGAGGCUCACUAG